GGUCACCCUAAAUCAAUCUGACAGCGGUUUGUUAUGAUUUCAUCGCUAAAAAUACCGUUUUCCAGCGGUACAGUAAGUUUGCAGCCUCGGUACGGGUGACGAAUAUGUGCCGAGCGUUUUCCUUCACACAAAUCAUACACACCUUUUAGAGGCAACUCGCUCACCAUGAAAAAAGUGUACCCCUAGUGCAGUAAACGUUUACAGCAACAGCCACGAAACAAAUGUCUAGUUUGCGGCGUUAGUUCUUUCUGCGCAGCAUAUACGUCGAUCGUGGUGGAAAAUGAGUACCCGGCCAAGCCCCGCACCAUUCAAACGAUCGAUCGAUGGUUUGUUCAACGUUUGGCUGAACCUGCGGAACCAAGGCCAUGAGAAACCGCUCCGCAACGCCCUGUACAACGUGCUGGUGGUCGGAGUGAUCGCGGUCGUCAUCGGUGUAACGCUCGUGCUGGCUCCCUUCUUCAAACCACUCCUAUGGGCGUUUCUGUUCGGCGCGGUACUGUUUCCGGCGAAAAAACGACUUUCCGCUUCGUUGAAGCGCUGGAUCGAGCGUAUCGAGAAGGACGACAAAUACCUGUUGCUUGGUGUGCUGGGCGCACCACUGUGCUGGGUGGAUUCCCUGGGCGAGUUUCUUACCAGCUGGCUGAAGGACCAUCUAAAGAUAAUUUCUGGACUUGUCGGUGGGCUGGUGACGCUGCGUUUCAUACUAUGGCUAACACCCAGCGAGGUGUUUUACUCAAUAUGGAACUUUAUCGUGUGGAUCCAUUCGCUGUUCCGCACGCUGCUUGGUUCGCUGUCGCUGCAGAUGGUGGUCGUAAUAUUGGUGGUGUACGUCGUAAGCGUAUACUUCCUCUGGACACCGAACCAUUCCAUGCCGUUCCUAGUGAUCGGCCAGUUUCUGUGGAUGGUCAUCGUCGGGUACGGGAGUAGCUUCCUCGGAGCGCUACAGGUGCCCGUAUUUCUUGGCCUACUAAUGUACGGGCUUGUCGGUUUAAUAUACAACCUGCAGAAAGAUGAGCGCAACGUGCGAUUCAUCGACAAAUGGCAUAGCCUGCUAGAUGUAACGAGCUACCGGUUGGAGGAUUCAAUGAUCUCUGCCAGUCCCGCCAACCUGGAAGGAUCAAGAAUUGAGGAAAUUAAAGCAAAAUUGCGGCUAGACGUUUCAGCAACGCCGCAGCUUUCCAGCACGAUGAACGAAACGCCCGGCCACGGCACUACCUAUCCGGCCAGCAUGCUGACGAACGUAGAAUCACUCGAAAGUGACACUUACUUCCGGCUGCUGUUUUACGCUUGCGGUGCCACACUCGUUUGGAUGCACACCUGGCUUCUGUUUCUCGGCUGCAUACCCAUCUUCCUGCACAUCGUACGGCGGGCGGCCGAAUUUCUUGGCAUCAUUGCGUACGUAUCGCAGCAGGCGCACCAAAACUGGCAAGCGCUUAAACAGUGGCUAUUUCCGCGCCAUGCCGCACUGCUGCCACUGUGUUUGCCCGGUAUAUUACGGCUUAACACCAACAUCCAUCGGUACGCCUGUGCUAAACUACGGUCGUACAUCGAUGACAUCACCUCGAUCGUGAUGAUAGGCUUCCUGAUCGUGCUCGUGAUGCUGAUCAGCGUGUUUGCCUUCGCGCAAAUCUACUCGGAAGCGAUAGCGGUCGCACAGCUUGGCUCGAAUCUCGUCAACCGCACAUUGAUACACAAACCGGAACUGAUUGAAAUGUUACCGAUCGACAUGCAAUCGAUGGACAACAUUAUCGACAACGCGUACAAGUACGGCCGGUCCCACAUCGAACAGUACGUGGACGGUAUCUUUAACGAUACCGAUCCGGCCCAGGCGAUCAAGCUGAAGAUGCAGAUUCUAAGCGUUUGGGACCGGCUGAUACAAAGCUGGAUGGAUCGCAGCAAUGGCGAUGGAAUGGUGGGGCCACGCGUUCCUGCCCAAGCGAUUCGCAUGACCAUAGACGAGAUUUUUAUCAAUCCAAUUACGAAAGCGGGUCUGAUUGGGUUCAUAAAGAGCAACUUCGGUAUGCUUUGGGAGGUGGCCGAUUCCCUGUGGAUGCUGCUGAGAACAAACCUCACGUUGCUAUUGUCCGCCGUCGGCACGCUUGUGUCCGCCAUCCUUGGCGGAGGACAUGCGGUUUUGAAAUUUUUAUUCCACACAAUCAUUUUCUUUACGACACUAUUUUAUCUGCUACAAAGCAGCCAAGAUCGGUACGCACCGACCGCGAUCAGCAUCAACAAUUCGUGGGGUCCACGCAUCAUACAGGCGCUGGAAGAUUCGAUAUCGAGCGUAGUCGUAGCCACGCUUAAGCUGGCCCUCUUCCAUGGACUGUUUACCUGGCUCACGCAUACCGUGUUUGGGGCGCACAUCGUCUAUCUGCCGGCGGUGUUGGCAUCGAUCCUGGCGGCCGCCCCAUUCCUCGAGACGUACUGGUGCAGUGCGCCUGCCUUUCUCGACCUGUGGCUAUCGCAGGAUCGGUUUUGGCUGGGUGUCACCCUGGUGAUGAUACAUUUUAUCGUCCCGUCCAACUUUAAUCCAAUCAUUCAUUCGGAGAUAAAGGGGGGAGGCCAUCCGUACCUGACCGGUCUAUCCAUUGCUGGAGGGAUGUACCUGUUCGGCUUAGAAGGUGCGCUGCUCGGGCCACUGUUACUUUGUUUGCUGGUUGUCCUGUUUGAAGUUACCAUCAGUGCUAUCCGAGAUAGCCCGGCCACGCCACAAACUAGAAAAUCAAGCCUAGAUACGAACAACGACAUUUACUCGCCCGCGACGACCAACAACUUCCGGUACGCAGCAUUCCAGGAGCAGACGAGCGAGGAAGGACCGUCCAAUGCAAUCGGGACUGAUGCUGUUCAAACGGUUGGCCCCAAUCGUUCCGUCGCUCUCGCGGCUCAUCAACCAGCGGGUGGAACUUCUAUUUAAUUUAACCAUGCAAUAUUCAUCCCCACAUCCGCUUUUUGUUGCUGAAAUUAUCGUUUGUAGGGUAAUGGCAGCUUAACGGAAGCUGAUAGACCGAAGGCACCACAGGCUUACGCAAGGCUAGCAAAACAGUUGUGAUAACGGAAGGGAUACAAGAACUCACUCACAGAAUUAUAUAUUUAUAUAUGUAUUAAGUGGUCAGUUGGCAACGAUUGAAAAGAGUAGGGAGCGCAAGGGAACGCUUUUGUUCUGUUUGCAACCGCGCCUAAAGGCAAGCUAAUGAGAAAGAUUUUUUUUAUCCAAAGCGAGAGUUUUAUUUUAGUGUUUACUAACAGUA